GAAAGCACAGGCAGAGGGCUGAGCAUCGAGAGAGACAACUGGAACCGAAAUGAAUCUGAAGAACACCGUGGGCUUAAUAACAGGGGCAUCCCAAGGAUUGGGGAAGGCCAUUGCAGAAGCCUUGUUAAAGAGAGGAGCAAAGGUGGUUAUGUGUGACAUCAACCGUGAGCUAGGGGCAGUCACGAAAGCAGAGUUUGAUCAGAAAUAUGAGUCUAGUCGAACUACAUUUGUCUGCUGUGAUGUCACAUCCCAAUCCCAACUGAAAGAUCUUUUUAAUAAAACCGUGGAGAAGUUUGGAAAACUAGAUAUACUGUGCAAUAAUGCAGGAAUAAAUAAUGAAAAUUAUUGGGAAAAAACUAUUUCUGUCAACCUGGUGGCAUUGGUACAAGCAAGUUAUCUGGCUUUGGAACACAUGAGGAGUGAUCACGGAGGGAAGGGCGGUUGCAUUGUGAAUGUGGCCUCCAUGUCAAGUUUCCUACCAGCAGCCCACGCUCCGGUGUACACAGCCUCAAAGCACGGAGUGCUAGGCUUCACGAGAUCCCUCGCUGAAGCUUCUAAACUUGGAAAUUAUGGAAUUCGUGUCAAUGCCCUGUGCCCAGGUUUUGCCAAUACGCAUAUUCUGGACACCAUAAACCACAAGGAAAACCUUGGAACAUUUUUUCAAUUUAAGGAUGCGGUCAAGCAAUUGAUGGAAGUCUCGGGAGUACUGGAGCCAUCGUUCGUGGCUGAUGGCUUUAUACAACUGGUUGAAGAUGACAGCUUAAACGGAGCAGCAAUGAGAAUUACAAAAUCCAGGGGCAUUCACUUUGAAAAUUUUUAGAACUCCAGGCAGCAGGAAAGUUCAGCUCAUGGCUAACAACCCUGAAUAGUGAAACAAAACUGUUAUAGAAACAGCAAUGAAGAAUCCUAUCUCUGUGUUUGACAGUAUUCCUAAGUCUCCAACCAGAACUUGCAUGAUUGUCAGUAAACCAAGAGAAAGCUACUGACAUGAUGAAGGAAACUGUGAAUGCUGCCAGAGAUAGAGAAAUUCAUUGCUGCCCCAAAUGCCGGUGGCAUAAUGGACAAAAGAAAAGGCAGGAGAACUUUGAACUCAUUUACCCAUUGGCAACAUAUGUCUAUUUGCAAAGUUUUCUUUACAAGUCCCAAAUUCACAUUCCUCACUAUUGCAGCCAAGUACAGACAAAAUGGGGAGAUUUGAAAUCCACAAUAAGGCCAUUUGUCUAAUCAAGGCUCAACCAAUCCAGUAUGAGAGAAAGAUAAUGUGGCUGUAUUUUUCUAUAAAGAAAGGCUUCCCUGCGGUCGCUUAAU